AUGUACAAGUCUCGGCUCUUAAGGUCGGCAAAGUUGCGCUGUGAUUACAUCAACCCUGAUGACAGCCCUCCUGCACCGCGUCAGGGGUACCGCGGGCCGCCUAGUGCUUGCGAACUCCAGCAGCUUAGCAAGCAAUACAGCAAUAUCAAGCUCCUCCAACUGGAUGUGGUCUGUGAGAACAGCAUCAAGAAAGUAGUCAAGGAAGUGGAAGAAAUUGUGGGAGACAAAGGUCUGAACUGCCUCAUUAACAACGCUGGCAUCAAUGUGCUUGCUUCCUUGGAAGAAGUUACAGCAGAGACAAUGCUCACCAUUUAUGAAACCAAUACAGUUGCCCAGCUGAUGGUCACCAAGGCAUUUCUACCCCUUCUGAGGAAGGCAGCCCAGCUCAGCACAGGAAUGGGCUGCCAUAGAGCUGCUAUUAUCAAUAUGUCCUCUCUUGCUGCCUCCAUGCAACUCGUCCAGGCAAAUGAGAUGUUCCUCAAGGUCUACCCCUACAGGAUAGCAAAGACCGCACUGAACAUGAUCACCAGGUGUCUUGCUGCAGACUUGAAAUCGGAUGGAAUUCUCUGCAUUUCUUUGCAUCCAGGCUGGCUUCAGACAGACAUGGGUGGAAACAUGGCUCCCAUGCAGGUGCAAGAGGCUAUCCCAGGUAUUCUCUCCGUUCUGGACCGUCUUGGUGAAAAAGAAAAUGGUUCCUUCCUGGACUGGCAAGGGGAAACUCUACCGUGGUAGAAGUGCACAGUAUGCUACAGAAACAGCAUGUCAGUCACUAUUUAACUCGUGCCACUAAUGUUUGUGUCUCUAGGGUUUUCUUA